UCAAUGUAAUGCUAUUUAUUGAUGCAUUCAAUUGGUGUAAACAAAUGAGUCAUUGAUAGAGACAUUAGUGUUCGUCUGUUUUGUUGACAAUUGUUUGACAAAAAAAGACACAAAAUGUUGACCAGAGAUGUAGAGAUAACGGCAAAACACGUGCAACACUUGUUGCUGUCAAAACACGUGCAAUACUUGCAGAAGUACGCUGUGGUGAGUAAUGAAUCGUACGAACAAUUGAUGGUCGAGUACUUGAGGAUGAGUGGUAUCUAUUGGACUACAACUGCUCUUCAGCUAAUGGAUAGUGACUUCGACAGUGCUGGUCGUCAGGACAUACUAUCGAUGAUCAAGACGUGUGUCCAUCCAAACGGUGGUAUUAGUGCCGCCAAAGGUCACGAUCCGCACCUCUUGUACACAAUGAGCGCCAUUCAGAUUCUUGUAUCAUAUGAUGCUCUAAACGACAACAUUAUAGAUAUCGACAAAACUGUUAGUUAUAUCGUAUCGCUUCAGAAAACUGACGGCAGUUUUAUGGGUGACUCCUGGGGUGAAGUCGACGUCCGCUUCUCGUUCUGUGCCAUCGCUAGUGCGGCACUUCUUAAUCGAUUAAAUGCCAUUGAUUUAGAUAAAGCAAUUGAUUUUGUUAUGCAAUGUAAUAACACUAUUGACGGAGGUUUCGGGUCGCGACCGGGCAGUGAAUCACACGCCGGGCUCAUCUAUUGCUCAUUAGGUUGUCUGUCAAUUGCCGGUGAAUUACACAGAAUUGAUGCCGAUUUACUGGGCUGGUGGUUGGCUGAGAGACAAUUACCGUCUGGUGGACUCAAUGGUAGACCAGAAAAACUGCCCGAUUUGUGUUACUCGUGGUGGGUGUUGUCCUCGAUGGCCAUUAUUGGUCGACUACAUUGGAUCGAUAAGCAUAAACUGUUGAGAUUUAUUUUAGCCACACAGGAUGAUGAAACGGGUGGAUUUAGUGACCGACCCGGCAAUAUGGUCGACCCGUUUCAUACAGUAUUCGGUUUGGCCGGUCUUUCACUAUUAAGUCAUAAGUAUAGUUGUGAGCCAAUUGAAGCACUUUCCGAAAACAGUGAUACCAAUAGUGACAGUGAUUUGAGAGCCCAAUGGAAAGUAAUUUCAGAUAAGAUUAAACCAAUUAAUCCAGUCUUUUGUAUGACUCAAAGUGUUAUCGACAAAACUAAUAUCAAAUUACAAUAUCUUUCUCUUUGA